CCUACCCACUGAAAAUGAUGGGGCGCUAUUCCUCCCACUGACACCAAUGAUGGGGCAUGAUUCUUCCCACUGACACUAAUGAUGGGGCACUAUUCCUCACACUGACACUAAUGAUGGGACAUCAUGGUGCCCCAUCAUUAGUGAAGUGCCCCAUCAUUGGUGUCAGUGGGAGGAAUAGUGCCCCAUCAUUGGUGUCAGUGGGAGGAAUAGUGCCCCAUCAUUAGUGUCAGUGGGAGGAAUAGUGUCCCAUCAUUGGUGUCAGUGGGAAGCAUAGUGCCCCAUCAUUGGUGUCAGUGGGAGGAAUAGUGUCCCAUCAUUGGUGUCAGUGGGAGGAAUG